CUAACAAUGGCAUGAAAAUGGUAAUUAUGAGUUUGUAAAAAUAUUUCAGAAUUCAACACUUUAUUUAGCGCAAUGUAUUACAAUGGUGUGGUUACAAUAGUAACUGUUGGUUCUCUAACGCUGCCUGCUGAUCUCAGUCAUGUUGUUUUGGAACUUCGCGCUAGUAACGCUGCUGCCGUAUUAAUACUAGAAGUCACUGGUUCAGAUCCACCAAUAGAGCCUAAUGUGAUCUUCAACUCUGAGUCUUAUGUGAUUGAAGUGGAGGAAGGCCAGACUGGAACAGUAGGUCAAGUUGAAGCUAUAGCUGAUAAUGGAGAAUCCGUCACUUAUUCUCUCCGUUUAGACAAUGAACAUCUUCAGUCUCGCUUAUCAAUAACAAAUGAUGGAGAACUACGCCUUUCUGCUUCGGCCGAUAUUGGUUCUUACAACUUCCAAGUAAUAGCAACUACCGUGUUUACUGGAACCAAUGGCGCGACAACGGUAUAUUUAUCUGUCUAUGAGACCACCCUAUGCGAAAACAAUGUCGGUAUACCACCAUUGGUGGUUAUUGACAGAGACGAAGAAGAGCCGCAUCAUGAUCUUGUGACAAUCAACCCCGUUCUACAUGCAGGCUGCCAUUAUAAUCUUAAAAAUAUUUGGCCGAUUGAUCAACAGUGGCUCUAUGUCGACGAAACAGGAUUACACACUUACGCUAUAGAUAGAGAACAUCCGUCUAUUGCAUUCAUGGCGUUAUCUCAAAUAAAAGUAGAAUUAAAAUUACAUUGCAAUACUGAGACGCGGACCAAGAGAUCCGCAAGGCAAGAUUGGCUCGGUUCAUACGACUAUGGAGAUAACACCUGGCUUCUUGGCAACACCAUUGAAUAUGAUCGAAAAACAACCAUAGUGAAUUUAAUUGUAAAUGAUAUUAAUGAUAACGCACCAAUAUUUGUUGGUAAAGAAAACGAACCGAUCGCUAUUGGUUACCCAGUUCCAGAUCUCAUAUCAAGUAUUUCACCACGAUCUUUAAUAGAAUUAAAGGCCACAGAUGCGGAUAUAGGAGAAAAUGCUGCAUUAAUGUAUUGGAGUACGGAAUCACAAUUAGCUGUGUCUUCCUCAACUGGAUUUGUUCAUGUACGGAAUGACGCCCAGCUGAUACAAGAUAUGCAGCUAGUCGUCAGCGCUACUGAUCUCAACGGACAAGGUCUUACUGGAACUAUAUCACUUAUAAUUAAAUUGUUAGACAUAAAUAACAUAGCCGUACUUACGGUUGAGAAUGCUUUCUUGGAAGACGAAAGCAUCAUACUAAGCAAUUUAAGUAGCGCUGUUGGAUAUGAUGUUAAAGCCCUAAAAUCUGUAGUAGUAUCAAAUUCGGAAGAACAGGCAAUCAACACUUAUAAUAGAGGAAAACGUGACGUCAAUUCAAAUGGGCAUUCGUUACAAAUUCAUGUAUAUGGGUUGUUGCAAAGAGAACCUGUUCUCGUGGAAAAAUUAUCCGAGUAAGUAAUUUAUGAAAAUACAUUUUAAUUUAAGUCUAAAUAAUAUUUAAAACGACCAAAUUACUUUUACAGAAACAUUAUUGAAAAUGCCGAACUUAUACCGGUUACUAUUACAAGAAUUGCAUCACUAGAAGAACAUUUGCAAGUGUCACGUGACUUUUCGGGAAGCAACUUAGGAUUACUUGUUUCGACGAUAGUACUUAGCGUUUUGCUAUUUUUGGUGAUUGUUGCUGCUGUAGUUGUAUGGUUCAUCUUUUUAAGAAAGGUACAAAACUACGAACGAUUCAGCGAAUCAAACAGUAUAUCAUCUAAAACAGAAACACCUAUUGUUACCGAAAUGAAACCAGAUACUGGAGGCUCCCUACCAAGGUUAAAUAUAGAAGAACUGAAGAGAAGUGAAAGAAGGCUACAAGAUAUGCUCAACGCUCCUAUUGAAGAUAUUCUAGUUGAACCUAUAACUACCGCAAAUAAUUCAACGAUUAUUCCUAUCAAUCCUAUAGAUAAUAAAGCACCAAUAAUAAUACAAGAUAAACUCAAAGACGGUGAAUCUUCAGAUGAAGAUGAAUAUGGUGAACGCAAAAGAGGCAGGAGAAAAUCAGUGGUGACUUUUAAUGAAAAUGUUGAAAAAAUUAUACACGUUGAAGAUAAUCCUGAUGAAAGCAACUUACAAGAUGAUAAUAAUGAGAAGUAUGAAAUAUACAAAUUAUAAACAAACAUUUUAUAGUAAAAGUUGUAAAUAAUAUAUGUAUAAUAAUACUUAAUUUUAGAAAAUAUAUAAGUACACAUUAAAAUACGUGAACUAUUUAUUAUUUCCAAUUAUUUAUUUGAAAUAAAUUAUUCUUUGUUAUAUUUUUUU